CCUACUCCCAAGUGGCCCUGCCUCAGAGUUCAGGCAGCACAUUGCCUGUGGAGGGCAGAGGGAGCCAACUACCUAGCUGAAUCAUUCCAAUUUCCCAGAUCAUUGAUGUGCACUGAAGAAAGAGUCUCUGCCCUCAGACACUGCCUCCUUUCAUGCCAAGAACUUGCUUUUCACCAUGAAGCUGCUGUUUCUUCUCUUUCUCCUUCUUAUAUGUUUUACUCAGGUAGGAUCAGGGCGCAGAGGAAAUUUGAAAUUUCAUCAGUGUGAGGAAAUGGGUGGCAUGUGCAAGUAUCAAAAAACCCAUGGAUGUUCCAUCCUGCCUGCACAAUGCAAAAGUCGCUACAAACAUUGCUGUAGGGUUUAAUGGCCGCUCACUGACGUGAGAUUCAGCAUGAGAGUAGGCACCUGCUCUGAUUUCUGAGUAAUAAAGACAUCAUAAUGCACAUGAA